AUGAGAGAGCGGGACUUCAUGCCCAAUAUGGAGAGGGGCAAACCUGCUACUUACACCGGGGACAAAAAGGCUAAGAUGGCUGCUAAGACUAACAAGAAGUGGGUGAGACUAGCCACUGUUUUUGCAUAUGUGUUGUCGGUGUCCUUAGCAGCCAUUAUCCUGGCUAUUUACUACAGCCUGAUCUGGAAACCGACCAGCGCAUCCUCCUCUGGCGGGAAGCCCGGGGUGCCUGGAGGGGUCACCCCCACCGCGAACAUCUCCACUGACACAACAAUGUCCGCGAACAGCAGCAUCUCAGAGUGGAACUCUACGCAGACCACGCUGCUGCCGGUCAGCCACGCCGGCCAGGGCACGACCCCGCUCAGUCUGCCGCUUCGGAUGGACGACAGAGCCGAGAGACUGUCCGUCUCCCCUCUCCGCGCAAGGGCAGAAACUGCGCACUUUGCGCAGGAGGACGCGUCCUCCACCGGCCACACGAGCGCGCAGAGAUCGAGCCCGUCCGGUGGUGAGACGCACGCGUCUCAGACGAGGUCGAGCCAGCACAUGCAGCCGGGCACCAGAGACCCCCCCACGGCGCUGACCCCGCAGGAGGAGGGGAGCAGAGGCGAGGCGGGGACCGACAAACGCGGCCUGGAGCGGGCGGCCGCAGAGGGAGCCACCGUCCCUCCGACCUGA